GCGUCCUUUCUGUGUACAGUUGCUAGCUAAUCGUUAGCUGACUGAAAUUUAGGGAAGAAAGGGGCGAACAAAGCCCUGUCGAAAAUGUGUUUAAUACGAUUUAGUUACGGACGGAUACAUAGAAUAAGGAUUUCUAAUCUGAUUAAUUCCAAUAAGCGAUGGGCGAAUGAGCCUACAACAAUGCUACUUUGAUUUCCAUACACGAUUUAUGAAAGCAGAAAUCUUUCCUGUCUCUUUGGGGUUUGAACAUUUCUGGUACUCGCAUGAGUUCUAGGGAGCGAGCCAAGAUGGGGGACAUCUUGGCAACUGAAGCUGAUCUUCUUGGGAUGAUCAAAGAGUACCUUAACUUCGAAGAAUUUGAAGAGACUAUUCAAACUUUUGACAAGGAAUGCAAAACCAAAGGGAAGCUUGUGUCGAAGCCUCGUGGUAGCGCUCUCAGAGACUCAAAGACCCGUGUCAUCCAGGAAGAUCUUCUGAGCUCAUUUGAUGAUGGUGACCACAAAGUGUUCUUUGAUCUCUGGGCAGAAAACAUUCCCUCAGCGGUAAAAGACUCAGAUGACGAAGCACAGAACCUUGAGUUCUACCUUCAUAUCCACUUUACUGUCUACCCACUGAGGACACACCCCAGUAGACAAGACCGAGCUGAAUUUGAGGAGAGGAUUUUCCUUUUCAAGCAAUACCUUGAAACUCGUGGAUCAGCUCUGAGCCAGACUACUGAGUUUUUGCCUUAUUACGCUUUGCCUUUUGUUCCCAAUCCAACCAUUCAUCCGUCCUUUAAAGAUCUCUUUCAGGAUUCCUGGAUGCCACAGCUGAAGGACAAGUUGGAGAAGUUUUUAUCAGUGACUCUAAAAUCGACUAAGAUUCCAAGGCUGUUGACUUUAUAUAAGGAGGGUGGAAGAACUACCAAAGAAGCCAUGCAGCAGUUGCAGCUUCAGCUGGCUGAAUCGGAGCGACGCAUCUCCAGCUACGUACGGAAGUGUAACAAGAUCAAAGCUGACUACCAUAACCUUAUUGGAAUCACUGCUGAGCUGGUCGACUCUUUGGAGGCCACUGUCAGUGGAAAAAUGAUUUCCCCUGAGUAUCUGCAGAGUGUGUGUGUUCGCCUAUUCAGCAGCCAGAUGAGGCAAAGUGCUGUUCAGAGCACGGACUUCACAAGGCCUGGCACUGGAUAUUACUCUAUGAGUCCCUAUGAUGAUGGCUAUGCCUCGUCCAUGCUACGUGCAUCUAUUGCACUACAGAGGCCUAAGGAGGUGCCAAUGCUGCCUUCUCUGGACUAUGACAAACUGAAGAACGACUUGGUUGUCGGCUCAGACAGACUGAAGUGUCUCCUGCUGCAGGCUCUGCGCUGGAGAAUAACUCGCUCACUCCCUGGUGAACAGAGGGACACGGUGCUUCAAGCCUACAUCAGUAACGACCUGCUGGAAUGCUACAGCACCAACAAGAAAACUGUGCUUCAUUUGAUGAAGUCAGGAAACGAGGUUGUCCGUCAAUACACUGCUCGUCUCAUCAAUGCAUUUGCUUCCCUUGCAGAGGGCCGGAUUUACCUCUCCCAAAUUCCAAUUCUUGUGAAGCUUCUGACAGAAACACUAAGGAGGGAGGAGAAGGACUCUCUGACUCGGGAAAAUGUUCUGGUUGCCCUUCAGAAGCUCAGUCUUAGGAGAAGCCAGCAGACAGCCAUGAUUGAAGAUGAUCUUAUUGGUUGGCUUGUGGAUGAGCUGCAGGACUCGGACUGCCUCAGUGACUACACCCUGGAGUAUUCUGCAGCUCUGCUUAUGAACUUGUGUCUGCGAACCAAAGGAAAAAGGAAGUGCGCGGAGAACGCCAAGCAUGUGCUCAAAGUUCUGACUGACCUUCUCGGACAUGAGAACCAUGAGAUUCGGCCAUAUGUGAAUGGAGCUCUGUACAGUAUCCUGUGUAUUCCCUCCGUGCGACAGGAAGCCAAAGAGAUGAGUGUAGAGGAGAUUCUUCGUUGUUACAACAGAGAGGAAAACCCGGACCUCAACAGACAGAUUGAGUUCAUCAUUAAGCAGCUCAACUCAGGUGAUGAAGAGGGACCAGAGUCAGAUGAUGAGGAAGAAGAGGAUGACAAUGAUGAGGAUUUAAUGGAAAUAGAACUUGAUAAAGAGGAAAUUCUUCAACCCCAGCAAAGGGAGCUGUCUGGGGAGACCCUGCUCACCACUGAGUAUCUUGGGAUCAUGACAAACAUGAUGAAAGUAAAGAGGAAGUCAACACCUUUGGCGUGCCCAAACGUUGAUGAGCCCUUACAACGGCCAGUCACCCCGAGUUCUCAUCGAAAUGCAGGUGAAAAUCGUCCCAGCAGUCAGUGUGAUGAGGGUAGAAACAGGGAAUAUCCCCUAAACAGACAGAGGAGUUUGGAAGGGAGUCUGAUCCCCUCCCCAUACAACUCUCGACCUCCGACACGUUCUGGCAGCCCACCCAGCACUGCCGACUCCCUUCAUCACAGCAUAGACUCAGAAUGCGGACGGUUCUACCAGGAUUCACAGUUAGACCGGACAUAUGAAGGUCAAGCCAGGAAAGGACGGUCCCAGGAGAGACACAAUGGGCACUCCGUCAGUGACAGCUACAUCCUUGGGUUUGUGAGCUCCUCCAAGAUCCCCCGGACACCUGACCCCCCCAUUAGCCAGAACAGUGAUCACCGGAGUCGUGAACUUGCUCUGACACCCCGGUUCUCCCAGUCGGAGCCACAGCAGGGCAGCCGGCCUGCCAGCUCCACAGGAGGAGGAGGGAGUGGAAGCAGGCACUCAAAGAGGAGGUGAAGAGGGAGCUGUCACCAUGGGGGGGAAGCGUUAUCUGUCCAGGAACGUCAGGCUUCCUGUAACAUUAUCCCCCCCGGGUUGCGAUUGGGGUCAGGCCAACAGAGACGGGUAGGAAACGACGGCAGCAAUGAGAGGAGGCAGAGGAGUGUGUGAAACAAUAUGUAGGAUUGUGGCUCUAAAUCCCCCACACACACUCCCCCGCUUCAGCACACACCGCUUUGGCAACACGAUAUGAUGGCAGACAACAAUCACAACCACCAGCAAAGCAACUCAGUGAAUCAAGACGUUUCUGAAUUUCUUUGUGUGUGUGUUUCUUAUUUUUCCGUGGAAUAACUCAAACAGUGCAUUAGCAUUAAUAUUUGGAACCACUGAAAAUAAAUUAUUGUAGGUCCAUUUUACAGUCUGGGUUAUCAUUUCCACUUGUUUUGUUUUUCUUUUUGGAGAUGAUGGUAUGAAGAGUCAUUUCAUUCAAACUUAAAUAAGUAAAAAACAAUAAAUACUGUUAUUAAUAAAUACUGAAUAAAUACUCCAUAUUGCUUUUGGGGGGGGAGAAGGGAGAGGAAUGGUUACUUUGUCAAUCAGUGUUUAUUAAUUUCAUGAUUUAUUUACGAUUUUAUUUCAUUGCUUAUUUCAUAAUUGUGUUUUAUUUUUGAGACACCUGUAUUUUGUAAAGCUACUUUACGUAUUUGUGGAUUUUUCUUUGUUUUUAUUUCAGUCUGAUGUUCUUAGUCGAAUGAGGGGGCGGAGUUUUCUCUGUGGGGCAGGUUUAGAGGGCAGUGAGCUGAGUGACUGCAAAUAAGUCUGAAAUACAUAAAGCAGCUUAACAAAAUAAAUGUUUCAAAAUAAAACACAUUUUUGAAGUCUUUAAAACUGUGAUUGACAAAAUAACCUCCUCAUUAUUGAUUUAUUUUUAUAAAUGUAUUAUGGUCUUAUGUCUUGGGGAUGUUUAUUUGUUUGAUGGAGUAUUUUUUUCUUAUUUCUCAAUAGCAGUAUUAGUUUAUUUAGUAUUGAAUGAAGGACUCAUUUUUUUCUGAGCUUAAUGCAUGAAUCAGACUUGGUUUGUGUCAGGAUUUAGAGUAAGACAGAAAGCAGUAUGUCAGUAAUACUCAGAUUUUUUUAAAGGUUUAAAUUAUUCUAAAUAUCUAGCAUAAAAAAUAUAUAAUGCUUAAAAUUAUAAGGAAAAAAACUCACUUGUACAAAAGCAGUGACUUCUUCUCAUCUGUCUCUGAUGGACAUAUUGUAGUUUGACUUUUCUCUGAUUGCCUGAGUGUUUAAAUUGUGUUUAGAACUUUCAAUAUGAUGUUUUUGGAAAAAAUGACUUGAAUAUUUGUGAUUUUCUUAAAUUCAGCAUACUUUACAUUGUUCUCCUGCACUAUUUCAUGUAUGUUGAUGUCUAUAUUUAUGUUCAGUGCUAUGUUUCUGAUGUAAUGUAAUUUGACAGUGGUUUUAAAUAAAUUUGGUAACCUGA